AUGGACACGGACCAUGAAGUGGAUGUCUUCCAUGCAGUAAAAAUGAUGCGGAUAAACCGGCCACAGUUGAUCGAUAUGAAAGAUGAGUACAAGUAUCUGUAUGACUUGAUGUUACAUUGGUACAUGACAAAUCCCGAAUACCGAAUCUAUGACAAGGACGACGCAGCCGAAGAGGAUGGUUCAAAACCCGCGUCAACUCGGCAGUCAAUGCGUGACAAGGAUCGCUGGCUGCGAGGCCAAAACUCGGUCCGAAAAGACCCUCACAAAAUCGCAGACAGUAACUAG